CGCACAUUGUUCUAAUCGGAACUAGCCACAGAGUCGUGAAUAAAAAAGUUCCAUUUCGUUUUCUAAUACAGUAAAUUUUAGACUUUUUGCUGUCGAAAAAAAAUUAAUUCAAACUUCUCACAGAGCUCGGUUGGAUUUUAGCGAAGAAACGUAAAAAUGACAGAUUCUAUGAAAUUCGGACCUGAAUGGUUGCGCAAUAUGUCAGCUGACAUAACGUCUAUUUCCAGUAACGUCGGACAAAAUACUACAUCAGCAACUAUGAGUAGUUGUGUCACGACCGCAACGUCAUCAACCAAUAGUAGCACUUCUUUGAACAGUGGUUCUUCCUUGUCAAAUAUAAACAAUAACACCAAUCAAAGUCAAAUAAAUUUAUUAACAAACACUCCGAUUCCACGCAAUUUAUUCCCUGAGUUUCGUUAUGGACGAGAGGAAAUGCUUUCGCUUUUUGAAAAAACGUGCAGUAUGCCAGAAAUAUUGCCUUCGUAUAAGAAUUUAUAUGUCGAGAAGGUUCAAUACCCACUCGCUUUGACACCCAGUAGCGAAGAAGAAAUGGUUACACAAGGUCCUUCAUUGCCAUCGCAAAGGCCAGCUUGGCUCCAACGUUCCCCUGUAAGUUUUAGCACAUCAACAAGAAGCGCAGCAAGGGGUUGCAUAGCGGAACGAGGACGCAUUCGAGGUAAAUCGGUUUAUCAUCCAAUUUUCCAGCGACCCGCGGUUAUGUUUGACGAUGAUUUGCGAACAGCUGCAUUGAAGCUUGAGCGUAACUGGUCGGAACGGAAUGGUGGAAGUGUUGAUUCCGCAAGUACUAGUGGUGUUGGCAUUAUUAAUCUAACUUCUGAGUGGAACGGCACACCUAAUUCGAGUCCACGAAGGGAAUUUUCAAGUCACUCUAGAAAUACAGAAAACUGGCGUCGCAGCCGUAAUGAAGAUAUAGUGGCAGAAGUGUCCAUAAAUACUGCUACUGGAGACGGUUGGCGUAUUAAUAAUUCUAGUGCUCAUCGUUGGGGUCGAUCAACUAGUUGGAGAGAUGACGACUUAUCACUGGUGAACAAUAAUGGUGGGGUAGGAAAUGGGAGUAGCGGGAGUAAUAGUUGUAUCUUCGUACAACGUUCUUUUUCAACUAUAUCAACUUCAGCUGCCGAUCGCGGAAAUAUCUAUAAUAAUAGCAACAACGCGCCAAAACCUUUACACAGUUCAAGUUAUUCGGUUUGCGGUCAUUCUGCCAGUACUGGCCGCUCGCUAUCGUCGGGAGUUACGCAAGUGACACGAAGUGGAAAUGAAUGGUCUGAAAAUAAUACCGGUGUUGUUGGUAGAAUGAGGGAAGAUCAAAAUCUGCCAGAAUGGGCUAUGGAAAAUCCAUCUGAUGUAGGUGGUACUUUUGACUCCACGGGAGCUUUUCAUGGAUCGACAGACGAACCAAUAAUAGCAGAGCAGAGUAGCCACAAUGUGGACAGACAUGCGGUAGAUGACGAUAUCGGUUCAUCUAAAGAAGUAGAAGGCGGAAAAAUUUCUGAUGAGUGUGACAACUUACAUUCUCAAAAUUCUCAAAGUGAUAUGGAAAACUGCAGAGAUUCUACAGAUGUAUCCAUUAGUUUGAUAAAUGAGUUCAGUGAACUGACUGACCAAGGCGUUUCCAUGAAACAACCAGAUACUCUUCCGGAAGAACAAACUGUUAGUUCGACAAUGUCUGAUGACUUUGAUGUUUUUGUCGAAAAUUCAAAUGUAGAGGCUAGGACUUCGACUGCAACUGAUAGAUCAAAAAAUGAAAUAGAAAGCACCAAUGGAAGUAAUACAUACUUAGAGUCGGAAAUUAUUAUAUUAACCCCGGCAUCUGGCUUUACUGCUAAAAACAGUGGCGACUAUUCAGACAGAAUGAUGAAAGCAGCCGAUGAUAUGAUUGAAAAACUAAUUAUGGAUGAUGAUGAUAGCAAAAAUCAACUAAAUGGGAAUAUUAGCAAAACCCCGUCAUCUGAUUCGACUAUACCUAAAAAUAUCAAUGUACAGAAUACCUAUGCAUCCAGUAUUCAGGACUCUGGUGCACCACUUAUUUCACCAGUCUCACUGACCCCUAAAACUUCACCAUUAUGCAAAAUAGGAAUGGUUGGAGGCCCGGUGCAUCAUCAACACCAUCAGCGACAACAAAUGAAUGAUGCGGAUUUAUCACUGCAGCUACCUCCACAUCCUUUAGCAUCGAAUGCUGCUUCAGAAUUAUGGUUUUAUCGAGAUCCACAGUCUAAAGUACAAGGUCCCUUUUCUGCUUUAGAAAUGACAGAAUGGUAUAGAGCUGGAUAUUUUAAUGAAAACCUUUACGUUCGGCGGGUCUGCGAUAUGCGCUUUCGUCCUUUGGGAGAGCUAAUAAAGAUUUGCAAUGGUCAGAUGCCUUUUACAAAUAGCUACUUAAUCCCAAUUGACUUAAAUCCUAUAAGCACUUCUUUGCCAGCACCUUUAACACAAGCUAACUUUAAAAUUUUUGGUGAUCACCAAACUGAAGAAAUUAAGACCAACGUUUCUUUACCGACGGAUUCUACAACGAGCGCUCUUAAAAGCCUAAUUAAUACAGUUGAUAUGUCUCAGAUUUUAAAUGUUCACUUUCAAACACUACAAGAACGUUUAAUCCGGAACCACGAAAUUGAAGUUACUAAUGAGUUAUCUAAGAAUAAAUGUUUUCAGCGCUUAACUCCAUCCGAACGUGAAGCGUUCAUUAGGCAGAAAGUGCAAAUAUUUAUGCCAUCCGAAUAUACCCCCAAUUUUAGUUCUACCGGAACCUUAAAUCCCACGGAUGAUAGUCACUUUUAUGAUCCUUUGGAUAAGCGUUCAAAAAAGGAACAUGUUUUCACAGGACAGUCACAACAAACACCCCAAAAUACUUCAAAUUUUGUGGAUUCUGACGAUUUUAUGAUUCCGGCACAGCAAACUACGUCGAACACUCAAUUUUCUAAUUCGUCGUUUAAUGACACAUCUAAAGUGCAAUCCACUAUUAACGAUGAUUUGGGAAGUAAUGGUUUGCUGAAUGAAUUAAAUUUACGGAUGUUCCUAAGGGGCGGUAGUUCUGGCAAUGCACACGAUUACUUAACGGAACAACAAAUAUUUGGGGCUGAACCACAAGCUAUAACAGCUACCCAAAGUAAUAUGAUGCAAAUGUGGAUGAGCCAGCUGCCGUCAAAUGUAAAUAAUCUUUCGGACUCUAGACAAGUAAUGAACUCUCUUCAGACCAAUACACAAUUAAAUAACCAUUGGAACGGUGGGUCUUUGAUAGGUAUGCCCAAUAUAAUUAUGGCUCGCACACAAACAGGACCAAUUAUGCACUUGACAAAGCCAACCACAUCUAUGUGGGACGUCAAUUUAUUAGAACAACAUGUUCAGUUGCAACAGCAGCAAAAACUUCACUACCAGCAACAGCAGCAUAAGCUUACAGAAAAGGAGGAAUUAAAUCAAUUUGACAAAGCUGAGAAACAAAUCAGUGAGCAAAGUGCAAAUAAUAUGGAACAGAAUGAACAACAACCAUUGAUCACAACUUUAGAUUCACGAAAUAGUAAUCUAUUUGAGCAACAUUUAAAUGCCCAAAAAGAACCUAUAUCGCAACAAACACAACAAGUUGAUAUUAUAUGUGAAAUCAAUGCCAAGACUAAUAAUGAACAACGUCAUUCAUUGCAAAAUCUCGUUGAUGAAGUGCCGCUACAAACAGUUGACAUAUAUAAACGUAAUAGCAGCGGUCAUGCUGGCAACAACAAUAAUAGUAAACUGCAGUCUGUGAAACCCAAAGAAGAUAUAGAUAAUUUGACGUUGAGCAACAAUAACGCAAAGAAGAAUGAAGAGGAUCGCCGUCGUGAUCAGAAUGAAGAAAAGCGUCGCAUCAAAGAAGAGCGUAAACGACAACAAAUUGAUGAAGAACGGAGGCGACAGCAGCUGGCUGAAGAAGAAAAGAAGCGCCACACUUUGGGAGAAAAAGAGCGCCAACAACAAAUUCAAUCGCAACGUCGCAAAGCUAUAUUAGCACCCAAUGCAAGUUGCUCUAACGGUGGCGCAACAAUAAAUGUAUCGAAUUGCAAUCAAAUUUUGAAUAAUCAAAAGAUUCUCAAAGAACAUUUGCAACCGCAACAACGUAUUCAUGCGUCUGUUGCUCCUUGGUGCAUUCAAACAUCUCUUACAAAAACGGGACCUGGUUUAGCUGAAAUACAAAAAGCUGAACGGCGAGAACGGCGAGCUGAUCAACAACGUCAAAUCGAAAUGCAAGAAAGACGCGCACUAGCAACUGAUGCUCAAGAUGCUGUUUUAAAAUGGAAUGCUGCUCCAUUUCCAGUCAAGAGCUUCGUUGAAAUUCAAGCCGAAGAAGUCAAACGUUUAGCUAAUGAGCAAACUGAAUUGCAACGGCGCAAAGAGGAACAAGUUAUUGUAUCCGCAACUAAUUUAAGUGGAGUUAAUUCCAUUACCGCUAAUCUUCACCCAGCCACAAACAUUACAAAUAUAUGGGAUGGAGUCAAAAUUUGGGGCGGCAGCUCGACUGGAUUUUGGGAUGAUGCAGUUAAAUUUAAAACUGGUGUUGCCACAAGUAAUAUGAUAACGGCUGCUUCUGUGGUGGCUCAAUCCUCGCAAAGACAACAGCAGUCGAAAAAUUCACCAAAUUUACAACAUCAACAACAACAAACAACUUCCAAAAUCAUCAAGAAAAGUCAAACGAUACCCGAUCUGGAUGAUGUUGCUAUCUCGUCAUUUAUUAACAAUUCACAAAAGAAGGGCACAAAAAAUCAGCAACAAAAUACUUCCAAAAUUUUCAAAUAUAAUCGAACACAAAAAUCUGAAGAAAAGAAGAUUAUUACAAAGAACAAUACCAGCAGCAGCAAUGCAAAUCGUUGUGAUGGCUAUGAGGCGGAAUUUUUUAAUUGGUGUACUAAAAGUCUAAGUAACAUGAAUGCUAAAGUCGAUGUGCCUACCUUUGCCUCGUUUUUACGGGACUUGGAGUCUCCAUAUGAAGUUAAGGAUUAUAUACGUAUGUACUUAGGCGAAAACAAAGAAUAUACAGACUUUGCCAAACAAUUCCUUGAGCGUCGUAGCAGGUACAAAAGUUUACAACGCGCACAAAAUGCUCAUAAUGACGACUUGUGUAAACCAGCUCAAGCCAUAACUCCAUCCAUUAAUGAUAACAGUGAUAAUAAGCAUAAGCAUUACAACAACAUCAGCCUGCCUCCCUAUGGAGACGGGGGCUGAACUAAUUGUCACGGAGAGGGACGAUUUCGAGGCUUUCUAUACGAAUGAGCACAACCAGAGAUGGAGGAUGGAUGGGGAUGAUGUUAGUCUACCUCCCAAGGCAGAAGCUAUAGACAGUACUCAGGAAAAAGGUAUUUAAAUAGCCUUCUGAUUUGCGUGGUAAUGUCAACAGCUUCGUCAAAGAUAAUGAUUUCAAAAAAAAGAACUUAAAAGCAUAAAUUCUGAGAACCUUCACCGAGAGGUUCGGAGCAAUUCGAAAUGGCCCCAUCGAAUACAGUGAAAACGAGAUCAUCGAAAAAGCGGUCUCCGACGUUCCUAUCAAGUCUGCUGUUAGGUUUCGUAGAAGAAACCCCAACAGCAAAGAAGAGUUCAUUUCAACCACUAGCAUCAAAAUAAGGGAAAAGCCCUCCCCAAAGUAUUUAAAUUUAAUUUCUGUAAUGUGGCCGUGGAGUACUUUGUCCCUACUUUAAAGGAAUCUUUUAAGUGCAGCAGAUAAACGCAUGUGUCCAAGUUCUGCAAAGCGAAGGAGGAAAGGUGCUCAAACUGCGGGAAGUCUCCCACGUGUGAAAAAAGUGCAGCAACGAGAUGCUUGUCCUGUGGUUUAGGUGAGCACAAGACUCUAAAUAAUUGUUGCCCGAACAGGAAGCUGGAAUUAAAUAUUAAGAAGAUCAUGGCCAUUAAAAGUCUCUCCUAUAAAGAAAUGAAAGAGAAAUUUUCUUCAAACUACUUUGAAUGUUUGAUGACAACUCCUGCGACGAGAAUUUCCCUCCAUUGGGGAGCUCAUCUGCCAUUUCGAGCAAGGAUGAUAAUGAAAACGCAAAAAGAAAAAUUAACAAAUAAAAAAUUUAAUGCGGUCGUUAGAAGCAAAUCUGUUAUUUCCACACCUUCUCUCAGUUCACUCACCAAACUUUCUUUCAAUUUACCCCCCAAACCGUAUGU